AUUGUUUGUGUUUGUGAUUGUAAAUAAAGGCCAAACAGUCAGUGGGAGACGUUUGGACCAACCUUUGGGCCUGGCCAGAAUGUAACACCUCGAAAAAACAAACAGUUAAAUAAGAAGGUUUUUAUUUAUUUUGUUCUUCGUGUAGUUAUUUUGAUGUACUAUUUUGUUAAAAAAGAGAAGGUGGAAAAGUGGAGAGCGGAAGUGGGAAGUGCGAUGACUGACAACAAAAAAGUGUGUAUUGGCCAAAAGAAGCUCGGCAGCAACAAAAAGACCAUUCUCACCCACACGGCGCUCUUUAAACGCUACCUCUCUUUCUCUCUCUCGCUCACACACACAAAUUAAAACGACUGCGACGCGUCGUCUCUUGCAAACUUUUUAAAGCGGACGCCAGCGAUAUUCGGUUCUCAUUUCGAUGUGGAUCGGUAAAGAACCUGUGUCGUUUCCGCCGCGAUUCGCAAAAAAAACACAUAAAUAGCCAUAUAUAUUUUUUGCUCAAUCAAAUAAGCCACUGCGGUGUGUGUAUGUGUCUGUCUGUGUGAACAGGAAGAGAUCAAAUAGAUCAGAAGCAGUGCAAGAAAGAAAAGUGCAAAGCGAAAGUUUUGUUCGUGCAGCAUCCGCCAUCUCGCUCGGGCAGGCGCGCGUGUAACGGUAAACACCUCUCACUCACUCGCCCCAACAACACAAAACAUCACAUUCCAAGGAAAGCGAAAAGUGUGUCUGUGUUUAGUUUCCAUUCAAAUAAAUUCAAUAUUCGAUUUUGAUUUCCAUUGGCCAGAUGUGUUUAUUAAAUGAUUUCGCACACUGUGUGUUAUUAUGGCCCUAUUGAAUAAACUCUUCUUUCCGUCGGCAACACCAACAACACCCGCGAAUUUAGCGGCUGCGCCCACGCUUACCGCGGCGUCCGCAGCAGCAGCCGCGCUAGUUAAUAACCAAACAACAGCAACUACAGGAACAGCAACAACAACAUUGCCGGCACGUACAACUCACGCCUCUGCCGGCGUCGCUGCCAGCGUAUCUGCCUCUGCCGGCAAUAGUUCGUCGUCCGCAAAAGCUACAAAACAAACUUCGCGAAAUUAUCUAAGUCGAUUCCCCUUCGAGGGCAGCCAAGUGCGAAUUCUGCUCUACAAAGAGGAUGACAGUCGGCGACUGCUCUUCGACUCGAAUGCCCUGCAAAAGGUGACGCACAGGGACACAUCGGCCACAUCCACAUCCAUAUCCUCCUCAUCAUCCUCUACGAGUGGCGGUGGAAAGUUCCUCAAAAAUGAAAAGUACACGUCCCUCCAGAACGGCAAAAUCCAGGCCAAGGCACAUUCCACCAAUGGCAGCAACUUCAUCGAGGUGUGCGCGGAGUAUGGCUAUAAGCACAAUCGACCGUCUGGAGCGGACAUCACACCGCUGGGCGAGAUGGUGUUUGGCUCGCUGCCGAUGUCCUUUUGCGGAACGGCUCUCAAAGUGCACUGGCUGCCGGAACCGGCCAGGAUCCUGUGCUCCCAGGUGUAUUUGACGCCGACCAAUAAUGGAGGAUCCGGAUCGGGCCACUCGCCCUACUCCACGCUCUCUACGAACAGCCUGGCGACGCCGCGCAGCUCGAUUUGCAGCGAACACGGCUCCAUGGACGGCCUCUCGAUGAACUCGUUCUCGAUGCCGUUCAGCGUGAGCGUGGGCCGCCAGAUGAGCCUGACGCCACCGCUGGAUGUGCCGGCGGCGGCAGCGGCGCCGGCCGAUCAGCAGUCACUGUCCGUACAGUCGAUCGACUCGAGCGGACCGCGCUUCUCCUCCACGUACAGCACGGCCACGGAUUCGGGCUACUCGGCCAGUGGGAGUGGCAGUGCGAAUGGCGGCGAUCAGUGGUCCUAUCAGUACUCAUCCACGCGCAGCAGCUUGGGCAGCGUCCUCUCCGACCAGUCGGAUGCGAUGCGGAAGCUGAGCAUGGACUCGACCUGCUACACGGGAUCCUCUCCCUACCUGGACGGAUUUGCCAGCGAUGGCUGUUUGCAGCGAAGAAUCUCACGCAAUUUGCGCACCUCCUUCGAGAACGAGCAUUCCAAGAACGAUUUUAUCGGCUUCCUCAGCGACAACUACGCUGUGGUGGCCUCAGCAGGAGGAGCAGGCGGUGGAGGCGGAGGAGCAGGUGGUGGUGGUGGUGGCAGUGAGGGCGGAGGAAUGGCUCCACCGCAGUACAGGAGGGCCAGCUACUGUGCGAACGAGUCGCGCAGCAAUCCGGAAAUGGGCCGGAGGCAGGCCAACCUGCGGCGUCGGGCGAAACUGGGACUGGCCGUGUGCAUCUCAAUGAGCGAGUCCUUCGAGGAGGAGAUGGAGCUGUUCUGCAGCGAGCAUAUCGCCCUGCUGGAAUCUAUGCUUAGUCGACUGAGAGCCAGCACGGAGCACGCUUACAUCAACCAUAAGAAUUUUCUGCAGAUCAUGUUCCAGGCCUGGCAGGAUGCGCAGCAAUGGUUUAGCGAUCUCUUCACCGCCCCGCGCAUCAAGACGCCCGUCUGGCUGAGCAUCACCACCAGCGGCAGCAAGUACUCCAAGAAUGUGGCCGAGAGAUUCAUCAAGGAGCUGUGCGACCUCCUCUCCUUCGCCGACACCAAGGACUCCAAUUUCUUCAUCAGCACCAUGCUGACGGGGAUUCUCACUCACCACCUGGGCUGGGUGGCCACCGUGUCGGCCUUUAACAGCGCCGGCUCCCGGCGAUCGGAGUCCUCCGCCUCGGCGGCGGCCAUUGAACAGCGCGCCAAGCUGCUCCAAGUGGCCCAAAAGCAUCCGUACAAUGCGCUGUGGGCGCAGCUGGGCGACCUCUACGGAGCCAUCGGUAUGCCGCCCAAGCUGGCGCGCACCAUUGUCUGUGGAGCCGAGAAGCUCUGGGUGGAGAAGCUGCUCAACGUGCUCACCUACUUCAUCCGCUGCAGCGAGGUGCGGCGAGCGGCCAAGCGGGAGGAUUUCAACAAGCAGCUCAUCAACGACUUGGUGGCCCAGAGCCACCACACCCAAAGUCAGGCGAGUAACCAGGAGAGGCACAAGAGUCCACCGGCGCAGAUGCGCGGACUGAGCAGGACGGCCACCUGCAAGCAGAAUCUGAAUGCCAUUGCCGACGAUGCGGAUGACGAGAAUGGCGAACUGAAUGGCUAUGGUGGGGCGAACGAGGAUGGGGAGCAGACGGGGAUGGGGAUGGACUCCGGGUCGCUGGACGCCAGCGAUGGCAUGCAGACGCUGAAGAAGAACGAGAUACCCACGGUGUUGGCCUUCCGGGACUCGCACUUUGUGCAGCAGGAGCUGCGUAUCGGCAACUAUCUGAUGGACACGGGCAUUGACAAGAAGACGCUGCUGGCGCGACAGGCGCAGAAGUACUUUCGCACUGGCAAGGACGGCCGGAUCCGUUUAACAGUGACCACGCCGGACAACGUGGAGCUGUGCAUGGAGGAGGAACAGUCGAGCGGCACUGGCUCAGUGAGCACUGGCUCCGUGGACGAUGGUGCCAUCGAGGCCAUCGAAUAUGACGACAGCGUGGAGGCGCCGCCGAAGAAGAACUUCUUUUGGAACAUGGUGCCGGUGGCGGGUGUGAAGGAGGGACUGAGUCUCAGCGACCUGGCCAAGUUGCAGCAGGGUAUCCGGAUCAUCAAUCGCAAGCUGGAGCGCCGGAGCAGCAGCUACUCCGUGGAGGGUAAUCCCGACCAGCAGCAGGGCAAGACGGGCGGAGCAGGUGACUUCGAGCCCCUCAGCCACGAGAGACGCGCCUCGCAUUUGUCGCUCUCCGAUCUGAUCACGCAAAACAGCAUGGGUAAGAGCGAUCGCAUGACCUGGGGCAUUGAGCCCAUCAAGGAGAACGUGAGUUUGGAGGAGCAGAUCCACUUUGAUCACUGCCACAAGCUGAUCGAGCGCGAGCACGGCAUCUGCCGUCAAACAUCGGCCGAUAAUGGCAACGGUGUGGUCUUUGUCCUCGGCGACAAUGAGCCGCUGAUCAACCUGAAGAAGAGCAACGAGGAUCUGAGCGGAGAUAACGAUGCCAAGCCCACCUUGGCGCUGUGUGCGCAGCAUCAGCGCACCCACGACCGGAGUAAGCACUCGGGCAUGAAGUUCAACUUCGAGCAGUAUCCGCAGAUAGCCACCAACUACAUGAAGAGCAAGAACCUGCUGAUGUCCAACUACGAUCUGCUGAUGGACAAGGCCACCAAGCUGGAGGCCAGCGAGGCAGCUGCCCUCAAGGGCAGCGAUAGCACGGCCACGCUGGCGGCCAGCAGUAGCUCCACGGCCGCCCUGCCUCCGCCCGCCACUCCGGUGGCUGCGAAUAGCGAACGGUGCGUGGUGUGCAGCAGUGGUGUGGCAGUGAACGCCUCAGCCACCUGGAACCAGACGCCCUCCAAUGCCACCGAGCUGGAGUUUGAGACCGAUGAGGUGCACUGCUAUAAUCAGACUGCCAACGGCAAUGGAUCCAACUCUAAAGCACUGCAGUCCGUGAACUCGGCUGCCUCCAUAGACACCCUCAAGUCGGCAGUUUCCGUUGAGCCACUGAGUCCAGCGAAGCCAACUCCGUUGCAGACCACAUAUAUGCGCAAGCAGCAGCCCAAACGGGUGCCCUCCGGACGCAGUUCCGUCUCCUCGGUGGCCGCCAAGUGUGCGGCGGUCAAUGUGACCCAGCAGCUGCUGAAGCUGCCUGUUCCGGGCGUCAAGGAGCUGCCGCAGGACGACGACUCUCCGGGCGAUCAGCUGCGGGCCGGCUUCAUUCCGUCGCUGCUGCUGAGCGUCAGCGAUCACUACGUAUCCGACAUGGUACUACAGGGCACUUGUGCACCGCCAAAUAAAUGGGAAAUGCAUCUGCGCGAGGAUCUGGCAUUGGCAGCGCGUUCCGCUUCACUCAUCUCGCAGCCGGCGGAGAACAUAGCCAUUGUGGCGGACAUGGACAAGUGGGAUGUACGGCUCAUCUCGUCGCAAACGCAGCAGUUUCCCUACGCCGGCGGACAGAGCUCGCCGGUGGGCAUGUCCCAACUGGUGUCCAGCAUGCUGGAAACCGUCCAGGCCAUGCAUGCAGGCGGAAUACCCGCCUACGAGUGCCUGUCGUUUCUGGAAUCAAAGCUGCAGGAAAUCUAUCUGCAAUCGGAAACGUUGGCAGCCUUUCUGCUGGAAACGGAUCCGUGCCGACUGAGCGACAUCACCAAUCCGCUGCAGCUCUCCGAAAACGAUGUGCCGCUGCUGCUGUCCAUCGCCUAUAUACACACGCCCAAGAUCAGCCGCAAGUGCGGCAUCAGCUUCAGGUGACAGGCUGUCUGCGUCUGCUGAGCCUGGACAUUGCCAAAAACCGAGCUCUUCUCAUGCAUCAUCCAAAGCGAAACAAGCAAAUACUCCAGCGAAUUUUAUUUUCACUGAUUUUGUGAUAUAUUUAUACGUGUAUGAAUCUAGCGCUUUAAAGCAGGGUACGUUAGUGAGCCAUAGCUUAGCCUUAGCCCUCGAAACAAACCGAUCGGUUCAAGACUUUUAUUCAUCGAAAUUUACCACAUCCACUCAUCGCGGUCACAUGAAGAAGUAUUGUAAAUUAUCCGGGUUAGAAUUAGCCGGGCCAGAUUGCGUUGGCGAUGGCGGUGACGAUGAUAAUGAAGAUUCCGACUUAGCAGCGCACUCGAAACGCUCUGCUAUCGGAUCGAUCGAUCGCCAAAACAUAUCUUGCCCCGCCCCACACUUGUAUAGUGCUUGAUUUAGAUUUAAUAAUUUAUGACAACAGUAAUGUAAUCGUAGAACUAAUUGUAUAAGUUUACAAUACCAUAGGGACGGAGUGCAGCUACUAAAUUAAUAUAUAAUAUAUUGCAUUCGAGAAAACAACUAAAACCACAAAUAAAGAAAAUCAAAAUAUGUAUAUAU